AGCAGUAUGUCUUCGCUCACUGCGCUGCUCCUGUGCUUGGCCUGGAGCUCCGCGGCUGUAGGAGGAGGGAGAGGCCGCGGAGAGACCUGCUUCUCCUUCGCUCCUGCCACGACGAGCUUGAACUGCUUCAGAACCAUGCCGCCUCUCUGCCAUCCUCGGAAGCAUGCACUUGAGAGCUGGGAUACGGAAACGCGCAAAGUAAGGUUGCAGCAUCGCAAUGGACCUGCCACGAAUGUUCCAAGUCUGCGAAUGGGAUCCGAUGGUGCACUCGAAAGAAUCAUCAUAGACAAGGAGCGAGAAGUCAUGGUGAUAUUUCCUGUUGCCCCAGCCGUAAAGAAAGAGUCAGUGAAGUUUCAGAUGGGCAGGAAUUCAAUAUUUCUUUCAGUGGAUGAAUCGACGCUUCUCGAUGGUGACCUCUGGAACCAAGCCAACUUAGACCUGAGCUACUGGGAGUUUGACUCCUACCAGCAGCACGAGAGAGCGAUCGUGCUGCAUGUGGCAAAGAUCGGAAACAUGGCCUGGCCGGUGCUGCUGGCUAAGGAGUACGACCCGAAGACCAUGGUAGAUCGGAAUGCAACGAUGACACCUGAGAAGAGGAAGGCGACACCGGAGGAGCUCAAGCUCAUUCGAGACGCUUACUGGCACCAAGUGAACUCUGGG